GUACCACCAUCAUUUAAACAAUCUAGAGCAUGUGUUGAUUGUGGAUUGGUCAAAACAGCUCAACAAUUCGAUGAAAAUGGUUGCGAAAACUGCGAAGGCACCAACAGUACCACACAAAAUUUUGAAGGUGUUAUUGCAAUUAUGAAUCCAGGUCAAUCAUGGAUUGCAAGAAGAAUGCGUUCAGAGAAAAAAGUACCAGGUUUAUAUGCAUUAUCAAUG